GCAAGCUUUGUUGCACCUUGUAUAAGACACACUUGAAAGUGUGUACUAGUGAGUUGAAUGCUGUUGAGGAGAAAACUUCUCCUAACUUAUGGCAUCGCAGAUUGGGCCAUGUUAGUGAGAAGGGCAUAAAGCUGUUGGCUGGUAAGUCUCUUAUUCCUGCUGAUGUUACCAUUUCACUUGACCCUUAUGUUCAACAAACAGGUGAUGCUCCCGAUGAUGGUCAUGAAAAUACUCAUGGACAUGACCGUAUUGAAGAGGUAUGUCUUCUUGAUGUGGUUUGCGUAUGAUCUUCCCCAAAUCGGGCUGGAGGGGGAGAUUGUUGUGGGUCCAGCCCAUUUUCAUUUGGGUUCCAUUUUUCUUUGUGGGGGUCCAAUAAUAGGAAAGUUUUUCCUUUACUUUGUUGACUAACAAAAAGGAGAAAAAAGGGCUGGGCAGUAGAGGACUUACGGACAGAGCAGAAAAAAAAAAUAUCAGAAUUGAGAGAGGAAAGGUGCUGGUGCAGAAUUUACAGACCAGCCGCACAAAUUCGAUCAUCGCCGGAGAUCCAACCGUUGGAUUGAGCUGAAAUUUUCAGAGGUUGUUCCCAACACUUAGGGCUUCAAUCUGUUCAAUUUUCACAUCAAUCGGAGCUACGGAUCUUCUGCAAUCGCAGCUGGUGCGACGCUGCGUUUUUGGGUGAUAAUCCUGAUUUUCCUUCUCUAUUGUUGAUGCCUCUUAUGUAUGUUGUUGUUGGUGGGCUGUGACAUCCUUGUAGACUGAGUUUGGGUGUUUUUACCCUCAAUUUGCAUAAUAAGAGAAGAAGAGGGCGGACUCCCUAUAAGUCCCGUGGUUUUUAUCCUUCACAUCGAAGGGGUUUUCCACGUAUAAAAAUCGUGUGUCAUUUGCAUCUUUAUUCUUCAUAUUUGGUUGUGGUUUAUUUGAUGUGUUGCUGAUUUUGUGUGCUUGGUUAAUCAAUUGUGGUAAAUUGG